UCGAUUGCUACAUUAUACAGAAAGCUAAUUAAGGCCGUCGAGCAAGUAGAAACUAGCUACGCUCUGCGCAGCCAUGAUCAAGCUGAGGUACUCGAAGAAGCUGUUCAAGAGGAGCUCCUGGUCCAGGGGGAGUGCUUGCGGCAUCCGCCAUGGCGAUGUGGCAGGUGGCGUCGCCGGCGGCGGGGAGAUAGAGUGGGAAGUGAGGCCGGGAGGGAUGCUGGUGCAGAAGAGGGACGGGGGACGGGGGGAGGAGGUGAUCGUGGUGAGGGUCUCCACUGGAUUCUCUUGCCAUGAUGUGUCCAUUGGGGCUACCCGCACGUUUGGGGAACUGAAGGUGAUUCUGGCCAUGGCGACGGGGCUGCAGCCCAGGGAGCAGAGGCUGCUGUUCAGGGGCAAGGAGAGGGAGGACAGUGACCACCUCCACAUGGUUGGGGUGGGGGACAAGGACAAGGUCCUCUUGCUUGAGGACCCGGCCCUCAAGGAAAUGAAGCUCCGGGCCGCGAGAGGUGUCGCGCCCCGGCCCGUGCAAAGCCCGCGCCGGUCUUUUAUUCAGGUGUAGGCAAGGUCCGCCACAUGGAUCGACGCCCUAACUAGUAGCUCACGAACGGUGUUGCUAUUUGUUUUCAUCACCAAUUUCCGGAAUGUUUUAUGUCUGGGAUGGUCCGAGUGGGAGCGUGUUUUUGGCUCCUCGCUUUGGUUAAUGUUAGU